AUGACAUAUAUUCAAUCCCCAGUUAGCACAAUAUGCGUCGGCCAAGCGGCAUCUAUGGGCUCCCUUCUACUAUGUGGCGGUGAAGCUGGGAAAAGAUACUGCCUUCCACACUCCUCGGUUAUGAUUCAUCAGCCUUCGGGAGGGUACUUUGGCCAGGCGACGGAUAUCGCAAUCCACGCAAAAGAGAUCCUUCGAGUACGACACCAAUUGAAUCAGAUAUACAAACGCCAUUUGACAGGGAAGGAAAUGACCCUUGAAGAGAUAGAGAAGUUAAUGGAGAGAGACUAUUUUAUGGGCGCAAAGGAAGCUCUAGAGAUGGGCAUUGUGGAUUCCAUACUCGACAGACGAAUGCCUUCAAAGGAAGAGACAACGUCAUCAUGA